CGCAGAGUUCGCCGGCCCAGGCCCCGCCCUCUUCCGAAAGCCCCGAAAACAAUUUUAAGAUGGCGGCGGCAGCGGCGCGGAAAACAAUGGGGCAGGGGUGCAGGGGACAGGCCGAGGCCUGAGGCGGGCGGCGUGCGCUGGCCUGGAGUCGGGCCGAGCGGGGCCGGAGGAAGACCCGCCGCCGCGCCCGAACCCGCUCCACCGCCCGCCGGGACAUGGCGCGGCCGUGAGGCGGACCGGGGCCGCCAGAAGCGGAGGAGCCCCAAGUGCCAGCCGGCGCCGAGAGGCCCGGGCCCGGCCCGCGCCGCCCGCGGCCCAUGGUGCUGCCUACCUGCCCCAUGGCGGAGUUCGCGCUGCCGCGGCACAGCGCGGUCAUGGAGCGCCUCCGCCGGCGCAUCGAGCUGUGCCGGCGCCACCACAGCACCUGUGAGGCCCGCUACGAGGCCGUGUCUCCCGAGCGCCUGGAGCUCGAACGCCAGCACACCUUCGCCCUGCACCAGCGUUGUAUCCAGGCCAAGGCCAAACGCGCCGGCAAGCACCGGCAGCCGCCCGCCGCCGUCCCGGCCCCGGCAUCCGCUCCGGCCCCCGCCCCGGCCCCAUCGGCCGCGCGCCUGGACGCAGCCGACGGCCCGGAGCACGGCCGCCCGGUCGCGCAUCUUCAUGAUACAGUGAAGAGGAAUCUUGACAGCGCUGCCUCCCCUCAGAAUGGUGAUCAACAGAAUGGCUAUGGAGACUUAUUUCCUGGGCAUAAGAAGACCCGCCGAGAGGCCCCUCUGGGCAUCAGUGUGUCUGCCAAUGGGCUUCCUCCUGCCUCACCCCUUGGUCAACCUGACAAGCCUCCUGGGGGAGAUGCCCUGCAGUCUGGUGGGAAGCACUCCCUGGGACUAGAUCCCAUCAACAAGAAGUGUAUGGCAGACUCAAGCAUCCACCUGAAUGGAGGCAGCAACUCGAAUGAGCCAUUUCCUCUAAGCCUGAGUAAGGAACUCAAGCAAGAGCCAGUAGACGACCUGCCAUGCAUGAUAGCAGGUGCUGGAGGCUCCGUUUCCCAGAGCAAUCUCAUGCCGGAUCUCAACCUUAAUGAGCAGGAAUGGAAGGAGCUCAUUGAAGAGCUGAACAGGUCGGUGCCCGACGAAGACAUGAAGGACCUGUUCACUGAAGAUUUUGAGGAGAAGAAGGAUCCAGAGCCCUCUGGUUCUGCCACACAAACCCCCUUGGCCCAGGACAUUAAUAUUAAGACUGAGUUCUCUCCAGCAGCCUUUGAGCAAGAGCAGUUAGGUUCUCCACAAGUGAGGGCUGGGUCUGCAGGACAGACCUUUCUGGGACCUUCAUCUGCCGCUGUGGGCACAGAUUCUCCAAGUCUGGGGAGCUCUCAGACUCUGUUUCAUACCACUGGUCAACCUGGGGCGGACAAUCCCAGUCCAAACCUGAUGCCGGCAUCAGCCCAGGCCCAGAAUGCACAGAGAGCUCUCACAAGUGUGGUAUUGCCUGGCCAGGGCCCAGGAGGGGCCUCAGAGCUGUCCUCUGCUCACCAGCUCCAGCAGAUAGCUGCCAAGCAGAAGCGUGAGCAGAUGCUGCAGAAUCCACAGCAAGCUGCCCCAGCACCUGCCCCAGGCCAGCUGUCCACAUGGCAGCAGGCGGGGCCCUCCCACAGUCCCUUAGAUGUCCCUUAUCCCGUGGAGAAGCCUGCCAGCCCUCCUGGCUAUAAGCAAGACUUUACCAACUCCAAACUGCUCAUGAUGCCUAGUGUGAACAAGAGUUCUCCUCGGCCAGGAGGUCCCUACCUCCAAGCCAGCCACUCGAACCUGCUGAGUCACCAGCCACCGGGUAACUUGACUCAGAGCUCCGUGAAUAACCAAGGGUCUGUGCUAGACUAUGGCAAUACAAAACCUCUUUCUCACUACAAAGCAGACUGUGGGCAAGGCGGCCCUGGGUCUGGCCAGAAUAAACCAGCUUUGAUGGCCUAUCUUCCCCAGCAGCUGCCCCAUCUGAGUAAUGAGCAGAGCUCCUUGUUUCUGAUGAAACCAAAGCCAGGAAACAUGCCCUUCCGGUCACUGGUUCCACCUGGGCAGGAGCAGAACCCUUCCAGUGUCCCUGUACCAGCCCAGACUGCCAGCGUGGGGACCCAGCCUCCCAGUGUCUCUGUGGCCAGUACUCACAGCAGCUCCCCAUAUCUCAGCAGCCAGCAGCAGGCAGCCGUGAUGAAGCAGCACCAGCUGCUCCUGGACCAGCAGAAGCAGAGGGAGCAGCAGCAGCUGCAGCAGCAGUUCUUACAGAGGCAGCACCUUCUGGCUGAGCAGGAGAAGCAACAGUUUCAGCGUCAUCUGACCCGCCCCCCCCCCCAGUACCAAGACCCAACGCAAAGCACCUUUCCCCAAGCGGUUGGACAGUUCCCAGGACCUGCUGCUGCUGUGCCUGGCAUGAACAACUUGGGUCCAUCCAAUUCCGGCUGUCCUCGAGUGUUCCCGCCGCCGCCACAGCCUGGGACUCUGAUGUCAAUGGGUCCUGGACACGCUCCUGUUUCUUCUCUCCCCUCCAGCUCAGGCCAGCAGGACCGAGGAGUAGCCCAGUUUACUGGGUCCCAGAGCUUGCCUCAGAGCAGCCUUUAUGGCAUGGCCUCUGGCCUACCCCAGAUAGUUGCCCAGCCCCCACCACAGGCUACCAGCGCACAUGCCCACAUUCCACGGCAGACCAAUGUGGGCCAAAAUGCCUCCACUCCAGCUGCCUAUGGACAGAACUCUCUGGGGAGUGCUGGCCUCUCCCAGCAGCACAGUAAGGGAACCCUGCCUCCUGGUUUAACAAAGCCACAAGUCCCAAGGGUGCCAGCUGCCAUGGGAGGCCAGAAUGCCUCAUGGCAACAUCAGGGAAUGCCAAACCUGAGCAGCCAGACGCCAGGCAACAGCAGCGUGGGCCCCUUCGCUGCAGCUUCCAGCUUCCACAUGCAGCAGGCUCACCUGAAAAUACCUGGCCAGCAGUUCUCCCAAGCCAUGCCUAGCAGGCCCAUGGCCCCCAUGAGUUCAGCAGGGGCAGCAGGAUCAUUGCUGCCCGCAGUGAGCACACAGCAGAGGAACAGUGCCCCUGCACCGGCACCUCCCCAAGCAGCCCCUCAGCAGGGCUUGCCCGGCUUAAGCCCUGCAGGGCCUGAGCUGGGGGCCUUUAGCCAGAGCCCCACUUCACAGAUGAACAGCAGGGCGGGGCUGCACUGUACUCAGGCCUACCCUGUGAGGACCAUGGGCCAAGAGCUGCCCUUUGCCUUCAGCGGGCAGCCAGGCAGCAGUGGGCUGUCCAGUGUGGCUGGACACACUGAUCUGAUUGAUUCACUGCUGAAGAACAGGACUUCUGAAGAGUGGAUAAAUGAGUUGGAUGAUCUUUUAGGGUCACAGUAACAGAAAUUCGUGUGUUUUCCAUGUUUAGAUAUCUUAUAUUUUUGUUCUCAGACUCAAGAAAGAGCAACUACUUUGGACCAAAAGCCCAUGGCCCAGAGCACUAGGCCAGUAGAGCUUAAGCCACAGCUGAAGCCGGCUCUGGUCAGUAUCUGCUGGUCCAUUGGGCUGGCCCAGCCCAUUGGCAUCACUACCUGGGUUUGGGAUAGCAGGAUAGGGAUUUGAAAGGUGGCUUCCUACCCACAUGACCAAAAAGCCAGUGGAAACAAUUAAGCCCCACCAUGUCAGGCUUAUCAAAAAUAAUGUGCUGUGUUUUUACCCAGAUUUCUCCACUUGCCUCAAGGCUGGGAACAAAUUUCUUUUGAAAUUCUAAAUAGAAUAAUUUGCAUUUUGUAGCAUAGAAGUACCUUUUUUAAUUUAAGAUUUUUAAGCAUAUUAGGCUAGGUGGUGGUUAUAUUGGUCAGUGGCACUGGAGACCUGGGGUUUCCUUUCUCUUCCUGCUCUGUCAGCUUUCAGGCUCACUGGAAAUCAUUGCCACAAGUGUAGACUGUGGCUGCAGAUGCCAAAAUGACCUGGAUGCCACAAGAUGUAGAUCAGUGGUCCAGAUAGGGUCCUUCCUUAAGCUCCUACUUCCUAGCUGCCACUCACUCUUUGGGAUACUGGGUCCCCUUGAGGGUCCAGCCUCUGCAGCUCUCUGACAACCUGUAUUUACCACUGUAGAAGUGCCAUUCGGUUGUACACACAUCUUUCUUCCCCACAUCAUCCCCAUGGCCCUUCUUUCUGCCUCAACCUCUUGCAGCCGAACUGGGAAAUGGCGAUUCCCUUGACUACAGUAGAGAGGAGAAGUCAAACUCCUGAAGGAGCCUGAAGGCUGCAGGCAGCCCGCCGCCCAGGGGUCUCUCUGCUCUUCCUGCCGUGCUGCGCUUCUCCCGAGGCUGACCAUUUGCACGUGGAAAGUGGCUUUAUAACACUAACCCAUCCUUGCUAAAGAUGUGAGUGGAUGCUCUGUGAAGUCUGUUGAUGACCACAGACUAGAGCGAGGGGGCUGUUGACAGCGCUUGUUCUUACCACAAGCAAGAUGGUGAGACCUUUAGCAGGAUGGCGGAGGGAAAGGUUUGCUGGAGUGACUUGGUGCCGAGGGGCCUGUAGAGGAACCACAGCUCUGCCCAUUGUCCUGGGUCCCAGAACUCUUAAUCCAGUGUAGAGAACUGAGCCAAGGAAAUGACAGGAGCAGCCUGCACACUUGGAGGGUCAGAGGGUGUCCACACUGCUAACUACUUUGCACCAGCAGUGCCUUUUUCUCUGAGGGUACCUGUGCUCUCGGGUCUGUGUCUCCUAGCCAUGUCUCCUACCGCCCGUCCUCCCCAGAAACUCAGUUCAGCUCUCAGAGAAGCAGGUGAAUCAUAAAGCCAGUGAAGAUGCCACCCUCUGAUCACCCCUCAAUUGUAGGGGGAAGAGGGUGACUUUAGCAGGUUCUCUACCAAAAACAUGGCUGAGGGCUGGAACCGGAUCCUGGUUCCUCUUCCAGCCUCCUGCGAUAGCUGCCCACCUCCUGCACCCAUUGCCCAGGGCACACCAGCCAGUCCCCACUUUACCUUAGGCCCAGGUUGGCCACACGGGCAGUGGGCGGCUCACUUUCAGUGUCAUAGCAAUAAAAUGUGAUUCUUGGGGUCCCCCCAGAGCUGCCCACGGCUUUAUUUAUGAGUCUGGCUUUGAGAAGUUGGGAAGAGGUGACCCCACUUCCUCGCACAUCCCAUCUUCUCAGAGCCAUGCCUCAAGCAGAAAAGGGUGCUCGGACUUUCUUCUACACAUGUGCUUUGUGUAAAUAAAUGUUUACAGUUUUAUAUUGAAGAUGAAAUAAGUGUUAGAGCGUCCAACUGUAUAUUUUUUACUUUUAUAGAUUUUAAAACUGAUCCUUUAUAUGUGUUUGGAGCUAUGAUAAGUUUUAUGGCAAGCAGUUGGUAUUGUUAACUUUUUAUGGUCAUCAAAAGUGCAUAAAAGUCCUAUUAAUUCCCUUAUUCUGCUUCCCUUAGCUCUGGUAUACACCAAAAAGAAGUCUUUACUUUCCUUGUGUUAUAAAAAUAAUAAAAAUAUUUUACUAGUAUGGAAA